UUUUGCUCUUCAGAUGUUCUCUCUUCUCUCUCUUUCUGCAGGUACAUCAGAUCUGAGCGCUCCGUCAUCCUCAUCAACUUCUGCCUCUCCAUCAUCUCCUCCAACGCCCUCAUUCUAAUUGGACAGACCCAAACCAGGAACAAGAUCUUAUGCACCCUGAUCGCAGCGUUUCUCCAUUUCUUCUUCCUGUCCUCGUUCUGCUGGGUUCUGACGGAGGCCUGGCAGUCAUACAUGGCGGUGACGGGCCGCCUCAGGAAUCGGAUCAUACGGAAGCGUUUUCUGUGUCUCGGCUGGGGUCUCCCAGCUCUUGUCGUUGCCAUCUCUGUAGGAUUCACCAAGGCAAAGGGAUAUGGAACGCCAAGCUAGUAAGCAUGUUUUCACAUUGAUUAAACAGUGUACAGC